UUCUUUGACUUUAUCAGGGAGACACCAUGACUAAACAGAUCCUCAAAAACAUCCUGGAUGAUCUGAAUGAUGAGGAGCUGUCUGAUUUCCAGUGGUCCCUGCAGGAGUCCAACAUUGUUCCAGGCCUCGAAGCCAUCAAAAAGAGCCGACUACAGACACUAGACAGGCGUAACACUGUGGAUGUGAUGGUACAGACUUAUGAACCUCAGAGAGCUGUGCAGGUGACCAGAGUGAUUUUAAAGAAGAUCAACAGGACAGAUCUGCUGGAGAGGUUUUCUGCCAGCAGCUCAGGAUCAGAAGUGCCUGUCAGUGAUGUUGGAGAACCUUCAGAGAACAGAGAACCUUCCUCCUCUCAAACUCAGCCUCCUCUUCCUCAGACUGAAGAUCAGACUGCUCCAGUACCAGAACCACGUCCCAUCACAUAUUACCAACAGAAGCUUCAGUCAAACUUCAAGCACAUGUUUAAGGUUACAACAGAGGGGUGGGCAGUAGAUGAGCAGCUUCUGGUUGAUAUCUACACAGAGCUGUACAUCACAGCUGGCCGGGACGUGCACGUCAACACACAGCAUGAGGUCCUACAGAUUGACAAGGUGUGGAAGCCAUUAGACACAGAGACACCGAUCCAACCCAGAGACAUUUUCAAGCAUCCUUCUGGAAAAGACAUACCCAUCAGAACAGUGCUGACCAAUGGGAUUGCAGGGAUUGGAAAAACAUUCCUCGUGCACAAGUUUGUGUUGGACUGGGCUGAAGAAAGAACCAAUCAAGACGUGCAUCUUAUUUCCCAUUCACUUUCCGUGCUCUGAAUUCACUGCAGGGAAAAGAGUUUGGUUUGGCAGAGCUCGUUCAUUUCUGUAUCCCAGAAACAAAAGACGUCACAGUGGAGGCUCUGAAUUACAUCUUUACAGCUCUGCAGUCAUCAGGAAACAGCAGCUACAAGCAGAGCAGAUUCAAACUGCUGUUUGUGUUUGAUGGACUGGAUGAGAAUCGCCUUCAUCUGGACUUUCAGGUCGACGACAUUCCCUCUGUGGAUGUCACAAAGUCAACUAAAAUCGAAGUCCUGCUGAGGGAACUUAUCAGAGGAAACCUGUUGCGCUCAGCUCGCCUCUGGAUAACCACAAGACCUGCAGCAGCCAAUCUGAUCCCUCAAAACCUCGUCAACAUCACAACAGAGGUCAGAGGGUUCACCGACCCACAGAAGGAGAAGUACUUCAGGAAGAGAUUAAGAAAGAAGAAGCAGGCCAGCAGCAUCAUCUCCCACAUGAAGAAGUCACGAAGCCUCCACAUCAUGUGCCACAUCCCAGUGUUCUGCUGGAUCACUGCUACAGUUCUGGAGGAGCUGCUGAGAAGCAGAGAGGGAGGAGAUCUGCCCAGAACCCUGACUGAGAUGUACACAGAGUUUCUAAGAUUUCAGAUUGAUCACACAAAAAAA